AUGAGUCCAAUUGAGGAUAAAUGGCUUGGAAGUUGGAGUAUUGAAUCUGACGAUGAUAACAAUCAUAUUGAAAACAUAUCAUCAUCACCAACUUCUCUAAUGUUUUCACCGUUUCAAUUCCUUGAUGAUGAAACCUACUACACAACACCACAUCUUCCUUCAGCAGUCUCAUCCUUUCAAACCAUUAUCGAUGAAGCCUUCAUCGAUGAAACCUACAACACAACAACAUUUUAUCCCCUGACGGUCUCACCGCUUCAAACCCCUGAUGAUAAAACCAACAACAUAACAUCUCCCUCUACUCUAGAGGUCGGACCUCUUCAAACUGUUGAUGAUGAAAACCAUAACACAAAAACACCUCCUCCUACUCUAGAAGUCCCACCCCUUCCAACCAUUGAUGGUGAAACCCACAAAACAGAGCCACCUCUUCCUACUCUGGAGAUCACCUUGCUUCCAACUGUUGAUAAUAAUAUUAACAACACACCACCUCCUCCUCUAAUGGACUCAUCGCUUCAAGCCAUUGUACCAUAUGAAACCAACAAAGACUCCACUAGUGCUGCUGAUGGUCCUGGUUCUGGUGCGAUCAAAAUCAAACGUGGUCGGCCAAGAGGUUCCAAGAACUUAAAGAUGGCCAUAAAAAAGCCGAAACCUUAUGAUCCCAACAGCAGAGUGGUUACGUCUUGCCCAAGUUUCGACUCGGGGAUAAGUGAAGCAGAGGGAGAAACAGGAAACAAAGAGGUCGCCGAAUCAGUCUUGAUGCAGUUUGAUGCAGUUAGGCGUCGACUAUGUCAGCUAAAGUGCGUUAAAGGACCAUCCCUGCUUACAACCGCCCUCACUAACUGUAAGAAUUUGGGUGUUAGGACUAAUACAAAGAAAAGAAUCGGCUCGAUCCCUGGAAUAAAGAUAGGUGAUAUAUUUUACUUUUGGGGAGAAAUGAGCUUAGUUGGGCUACACAUGCAGAUGGUUGCCGGUAUUGACUAUCUAACUAUCAAAGGUGCAACAGAAGGUCCUUUAGCUACAAGUGUGGUAACAUCAGGACACUACGAUGACGAAACAGAAGACCUUCAAACUUUAAUCUAUACUGGACAUGGUGGUCAAGCUACUGAUCAGAAACUUGGAAGAGGAAACCUUGCGUUGCAAGAAAGUAAACUGAAAGGAAAUGAAGUUAGAGUGAUAAGAGGUGAAGAAGAUCCCAACAACAAGAAUAAGAAGAUAUACAUUUAUGAUGGGCUUUACAUUGUGUCAGAUUCCUGGACAGCUAAAGGAAAAUCCGGUUUCGAAGAGUUCAAGUUCAAAUUGCUGAGAAAACCAGACCAACCUGCUGGUUAUGCAAAUUGGAGUAAGUGUACGGAUAAUUCAAGAAAAGAUUUGAUACUUAAAGAUCUUUCAUAUGGAGCCGAGAUUUUGCCAGUCCCACUGGUGAAUGAAAUUGAUGAGAAUGACAAGGAGAUGCCUCAAGAUUUCAGCUACGUCAACUCUUCGACUUGGUCAGGUAUGACGAUUGUUCAGAACUAUCAAUCUACCGCAUGCACCAAUUGUCAAGCUCGGUUAUGCGAAGAUCCAAAGUGCAUUUGUGUCCAAAGGAACGGUGGCGACUUGCCAUACCAUAACCGUAUUCUAGUAUGUCGUAAGCCAAUGGUUUAUGAAUGUGGCGAUACGUGUCCUUGUCCUCCUGACUGCCACAACAGAGUAACUCAAACUGGUUUGAAAAUUCGCGUUGAAGUGUUUAAGACGGAGAAGUGCGGUUGGGGAUUACGUACGUUAGAGCCGAUUCGAGCAGGAACUUUCAUUUGUCAGUUGGUUGGUAUGGUUAAGAGACUACAUGACGUAGACGACGAAUAUGUGUUUGAUUCUUCUCGCGUUUACAACCAGUUCAAGUGGAACUACGAGCCAGAGCUCGUGGGUGAAGAUUGUUGGGACCAAGUCUCUGAAGCUUAUGAACUUCGGUGGCAAAUGUUGGUCAGCUCGAAAGAGUAUGGAAAUGUCAGCCGGUUCAUGAACCAUAGCUGCUCGCCGAAUGUUAUGUGGCAGCCUAUUGAAUUUGAAGAUUCUCGUCAGCCGUGUGUUCGCAUUGCGUUUUUUGCGAUGAAGCAUAUACCUCCACUGACAGAGCUGAGAUAUGAUUAUGGAAUGUCUUGUAAAACUGAAGAGGUUGGAGAAGAUGGGAAGGCAAUUUUCAAAGGCAAGAGGAUUUGUCAUUGUGGUUUAGUCAAGUGUCAAGGCUCUUUUGGAUGA